AUGGCUCCCCGUAACUACUCAGAGCUGGGUAGGUCUCUCGGCCUGUUGGGAGAUCAAUUGCCAUGGUACUGGAAAGCCGUCUCCAUCGGCUCUGCGUGGUCUCUGUUCACCGGCUUCAUCCUCUUUCCCUUCGCCAUGGAGCCAGACGGCGCGAAGCUGGAAGCAAAUAAGAAUGCGCUUCUUGGAGCUGGUGUCAUCCUUCUUACGCUUGCAUACCUCCUCAGCGCUUUAUAUUAUGUGCGGUGGCGCAGGAGUAUCUACCUAUUUAACUCUCUCUUCUUCGCCUGUUUCACCUCGUCCAUCCUUGGACUCUUUAAUAUUGUCAUAAACAUCCUGAUUCGCAGCCUGCUGCCGAUGAACAUGCUAUCAACCAUCAUCGUGGUCAUCUCGUGCGUUUCUACAACCGCCUAUGGCUUUCUGGCCUUUUACUUCUCUGACUACUGGCUGUCCGCGACCUGCUCGCGACGGCGGAGGCGGAAACGCUCGCGGGCUGCCACCGAAGCUGCCCUGGACGACACUGAGCUGCAGAGACGCCAGCUCCUACGCCUCUAUCUACGGCCAGAUAGGGCGCCCAGUGUCGAACUUUCGCAAAGUACAUUUCGAAUAGACCUGCCAGACCACCAAUCCACUGCCGACAUGGAAGAGGAAAUGCUCGUCACUGCUCCACAAAAUGCAUAUGAGCGUUCACUACACUCUGUCUCGGCACCGAGCAAUUAUCCUUCUGAAAUGCAUCCAAGCCCGACUUCUGCGUACAAGCUGAACCCUCUUCGUUACUGGCAGCCUCAGCGCGGCCACCGAGACCAAAUGCGUCCUCUGGCAGAGUUGAUCAGCUAG